UGCCGGCGCGAUGGCGGAGGUGGAGGCGGCGGCCGGGGGGAGCGGGGCCGGCGGCAGCCCCGAGGCCGGCGGCGGCGGCGGCGGCGGCGCGUGGCGGCGGCCUCACGGCCCGCUGCAGCGGUACUACGGCCCGGCCGCGGCCGAGGCGGCGGAGGCGGCCCCCGAUCCCGCCGACAUCAACGGCCCCCACUUCGAUCCCGAAGUCUUCCUCACUAAGGUGCGCAGCGAGUGCCCCCUGGGGCAGCUGCUGGCCCGCGAGGCGGCGCUGGGCCGGGAGAUCCGCGCCCUGGACAGCGACAUGCAGACCCUGCUCUACGAGAACUACAACAAGUUCAUCUCUGCCACCGACACCAUCCGCAAGAUGAAGGUCGACUUCCGACGCAUGGAGGCCGAGAUGGACGACCUGGCUGCCAACAUGGCUGCCAUCAGCACCUCCAGCGCCCGCGUCAGCGCCGCGCUGCACGACCGGCACCGCCGCGGGGCGCAGCUGGCAGGGGUGCAGGCGCUGCUGCGGAAGCUGCAGUCCCUGGUGGAGGUGCCGGGGCGGCUGCGGCGCUGGGCAGCGCCGGGGGGAGAGCCCGCGCGGGCCCUGCGCUGCCACGCCCGCGCCCGCGCCGUGCUGCGCCACUACCGGCACCUGCCCUCCUUCCGCGCCAUCGAGGACGAGAGCCAAGCCAUCAUGGCCGACCUGGCCCGGCGCCUCCGCGCCCGCCUCCGGGAUGAGACCUUGGACCCCAAGGAGCUCACCGAGUGCGUGGAGAUGCUGCUGCAGCUGGAGGAGCCCCCGGAGGAGCUGUGCCAGGAGUUCCUGAGCCACGCCGGCGCGCGCCUGGAGGCCGAGCUGGCGGCGCUGGAGGCCGAGCUGCCCCCCUCCGACCCCUCGGGCGCCGCCGCCACGCCGCCCCCCGCCUCCGACAUCCUUGACUUCGUCGACCGCGGCAGCUCGGCCUUCGUGGGCACCCUCUGCCUGCUGGCCGCCUCCUACCGCAGCCUGUUCGAGGGCCGCGCGGGCGCCGGGGAGGGCCGGCUGGAGGCCUUCGCCGCCGGCCUCACCGGCCGCUACUUCGAGCUGCUGGAGCGGCGCCUGGCGCUGGAGCGCGGCCUGGGCGACACCUCGCUGCUGGUGCGGGCCCUGGACCGCUUCCACCGCCGCCUGCGCGCCCUGCUGGAGCUGCUGCCCGCCGCCGGCGCCCAGGCCGGGGCGGCGCUGGUGGCGCGGGCGGCGCGGGAGCGCGUGGGCCGCUACCUGCGGGCGCUGCAGACCUUCUUCCUGGGCUGCCUGGGCGACGUGCGCCAGGCCCUGGCCGCCCCGCGGCCCCCUGGCAAGGAGGGGCCCGGCCUGCCCGACCUGCUGGCCACCCUCUCCUCCUCCGUCCUCGGCCAGCUCAAGGCCGUCCUGGCCUACGUGCAGCUCUUCACCGCCAGGGACGUCGCCUUUGCCAGCCUGCCCUACUUCAAGGGGGAGUUCUGCGUGGAGGCCGUGCGGGAGGGGCUGGUGGUGGCCUUCGUGCGCUGGCUGUGCCGCACCGCCCGCGGCUUCGCCGACAGCCCCGCCGAGCGGGGGGCCCCCGCGGCGCCCCCGGCCCUGCUGCUGCUGCUCUCCCGCCUCUGCCUGGACUACGAGGCCACCACCAUCAGCUACAUCCUGACCCUCACCGACGAGCAGUUUCCUCCGCAGGAGUGCGGCCCCGCGGCGGCGCCGGGGCCGGGGCCGGUGCUGUGCGCCGAGGCGCGGGCGGCGGCGCAGCGGCUGCUGGACCACUACGUGCAGGUGCAGGGCGCGGCGGUGGCGCAGAUGCUGAGGAAGAGCGUGGAGACCAGGGACUGGCUGGGCACCGUGGAGCCCCGCAACGUGCGCGCCGUCAUGAAGCGCGUGGUGGAGGACAUCACCGCCAUCGACAUCCAGGUGGGGCAGCUCUUCGAGGAGGGCGUGCGGCGGGCACAGAGCAGCGACUCCAGCCGCAGAGCCUUCUCCGUCUACAGCAGCUCGCGGGCGCCCAGCCGCUACGCGCCUAGCUACACCCCCAGCGCCCCCAUGGACACUCACCUGCUCAGCAACAUCCAGAAGCUCUUCUCCGAGCGCAUCGACAUCUUCAGCCCCGUGGAGUUCAACAAGGUGUCGGUGCUGACAGGGAUCAUCAAGAUCAGCCUGAAGACGCUGCUGGAGUGCGUGCGGCUGCGCACGCUGGGCCGCUUCGGGCUGCAGCAGGUGCAGGUCGAUGGCCACUACCUGCAGCUCUACCUCUGGCGCUUCGCCGCCGACGAGCGAGUGGUGCAGGGGCUGCUGGACGAGGUGGCCGCCAGCGCCACCCACCGCUGUCUCGACCCCGUCCCCAUGGAGCACAGCGUGGUGGAGCUCAUCUGCGAGCGGGGGUAGGGCCCG